UUUGAUUUGGGGGAAGAUUCUGAGCAUAGUGAAGAAUCCAAAAAGGAAAUUCCUACUCCCCAACUCUCUCACGUUUCUGAGUCUAUGAACAACUCCAUCUUUCAUCAGAUAGCAUAGCAGCUGCAGCUGCAGAACCUGGAGCAAUUGAGGCGGCAGCUCCUGGAGCAGCAGCAGCCUCAGAAGGUAACUCCUCAGGACAGCCAGGAAGGAACAUUUGGGUUUGAGCACUCCACUUCACCCCCACAAGGGAGUAGCCAGCAGCAUUUUCUGGAACCUGAAGCAAAUUUAGAUGAUUUCAUAGACAUUCAGCAACAGGAUAUGGAUAUUGAUGAAGGGCAAGAUGUUGUUGAAGAGGAGAUCUUUGAACCAGAAGCUAAGAAAGUAGCUGUUCGCUCAAGAUCAAGAACUCAUUCACGAUCUCGAUCAAGGUCACCAAGAAAACGAAGGUCUAGGUCAGGCUCUGGGUCCCUAAAGCGAAAGCACAGGAAGCAUUCUCGCUCUCACUCAAGAGAGAGAAAGAGAAAAUCCUCAUGUUCCUAUUCAAGUGAAUGCAGAGCCAGGGAAAAGGGAGAAAGAACGCCAAAAAAAAAAAAAAAGGACUUGCCUCCUGUCAGAUCGAAAACACUAAGUGUAUGCAGCACUACUCUCCGGGUUGGCCAAGUGGAUAAGAAGGCUACACAGCAAGACUUAACCAACCUUUUUGAGGAGUUUGGACAAAUUGAAUCCAUUAAUAUGAUUCCACCCAGGGGCUGUGCAUAUGUCUGUAUGGUUCAUCGACAAGAUUCAUUUUGGGCUCUUCAGAAACUGAGUUCAGGAUCCUAUAAAAUUGGUUCUAAGGUCAUUAAGAUUGCCUGGGCUUUGAACAAAGGUGUGACUGAAUACAAACAGUUCUGGGACAUGGAUCUUGGUGUCACAUAUAUACCUGUUGGGCCUAACACGAGCUACAAGAGCGAGGCUGGCGGGGCCACCACCAGUGGCACCACGCUCUCACAGGCUGUGGCCAACACCGCGACAUCUGUGGCACCCCCAGACCCAGUGCCUAAGAGCCCUGUGGCCAGUGGUGUGCCCCAGGCCCCGGCGCCCACCAGGCUGCUUGUAGGGAGCCCCAGAGGAGAUGCAGCCCCCAGGCCCGCCCAAGCCUCAUCACCUCCUACAGGUAGCAGGGACGCAGAGAAAAAGGUUCUCACCACCAAAGUCCUUGGCACUGUCAAAUGUCAUCUAUUAGAUGACUUGGAUGGCUUUGCAGAGGGAGGCAUGAUUGAUCACGAAACUGUAAAUGCUGAAUGGGAAACUGUGAAAGCCUCAGAACCUGUUAAAGAGACGGUCCAGACUACACAGAGUCCUACUCCAGUUGAAAAGGAGACAGUGGUCACAACCCAGGCCAAGGUUUUUCCUCCUCCUGUUGCCAUGCUGCAGAUUUCCGUAGCACCAGCAGUUCCUGCAGUUAGCUUAGUUCCACCAGCGUUUCUUGUGUCAAUGCCUGUCCCCCCUCCUGGAUUCAGCCCAAUCCCUCCACCUCCUUUUCUACAAGCAAGUUUUAAUCCUUCACAACCACCUCCUGGUUUUAUGCCACCUCCAGUUCCCCCACCUGUGGUACCUCCCCCUGCAAUCCCACCUGUAGUACCAACAUCUUUAGUGCAACCACCAUUGUCCAUGACCCCAGAAAUUGUGAAAGAUGUGGGAUUUGGGAGCCUGGUUUUACCGGGCAGUUCUGUUGCUGGCAGUCUUGCUCCUUCAACUCUACCAGCUGGGAAUGUUUUUAAUCCUCCAAGUAAAGCAGACCCUGAAGAGAAAGUACCUCACCUUACAGAACACCAGAUUCCUUCUGGUGAGAAUACCACCGGUGAUAUUCCAAGUAGCGCUGCAAUGUUAACACAGCCACUUGGGCCCUCAAGCACCUCUGGGAUCCUGUGUGUGCUGAGACCAAAUGUAUCAAGUAAUUCUGAAAUUCUGGGGGUUCAUCCAGCUAAUGUUUCCAACAGUGCUACGAUUAUGGGAGCCCAGCCACCAAAUAUUCUAAAUAACUCUGGAAUUUUGGGCAUACAGCCACCAAAUGUAUCUAGUGGCUCUGGACUUCUUGGGGUACUGCCUCCAAACUUGCCUAACAACUCUGGACUUGUAGGACUACAGCCACCAAAUGUUACAAAUCCUGCUGGAUUGUUGGGAACACAGCCUCCAAUUGGACCUCAGAACUUACCCCCGUUAACCAUCCCUGCUCAAAGGAUGCCUGCACUGCCAAUGCUAGACAUUUGUCCUGGACUGAUAGCACAGGCUCCCGGGCCAAGAUUCCCUUUACUCCAGCCUGAAAUUCCACCACAACGGGGUAUCCCUCCCCCAUCGGUACUUGAUGCAGCUCUUCAUCCUCCACCCCGUGGACCUUUUCCUCCAAGAGAUCUUUUCAGUCAGCCAGAUAGAACUUUUCUGGCUCCUGGAAGACCAAGUAUAGACAAUGUUCUCAACCCAGAUAAAAGACUACCACUUGGGAAUGACAAUAUUCAGCAGGAAGGGGAUAGAGAUUAUUGCUUUCCUCCUCUAGAAACCAGGGAGGUCAUUACUAGACCUCCUCCAGUGGAUGUUAGAGAUGUGGUUGGGCGACCUAUAGAUCCCAGAGAAGGGAUCCUAGAAGUGGUCCUUGGAACAGAGGAUUUGGAUAAGAAGUUCACAGAGAUUUUGAUGACCUCAGAAGACCCUGGGAGAGGCAGAGGGAUAGGGAUGACAGAGAUUUUGAUUUCUGCAGAGAAAUUAAUGGAAAUCGUCUUGGAUGAGAUAGAAUUCAAAACACUUGGGUUCCUCCUCCUCAUGCUUGGGUUUUGGAUUGUUUUGAAGGGGCCACUUCUCAACAGAAAGGUGAUAAUGUGCCUCAAGUUAAUGGUGAAAAUACAGAAUUCUUUUAACGUCAAGGAGAUGCUAACAGCUUGUCGGAGACUUCCUAUGGAAGAGAGGGUUUUAGACACUGUCAUUGGGUUGGGUAUGGCAGUGACGUAUUUCAGAACAGCAAGGUGUGGCACAUCUUCGUAUCUCUAUGCUGCUGCAGGAUUUUAA